CUGUUUUCGAUCGUUGGGUACCGAAAUUGUUGUGUCGAUUGACAUAUGUUUUAGCAAGUUUACCGAAAUAUUCUGGAUUUUUUUACUAUGUACCAUGACAACCGGCGGACAGGACACAAUUAGAACAACCUUAAAAAGGCUCAUUGAAUUUUCUGGUGCGAAUUUUACAGCUGAUGAUGUGAUCCGUGAAUUCCGCUUACCCAAGGAUAAAAAUUCCAAUCGGAAACUUUUGACAACAUUAAAAAUUAUUACUAAACACCAACCAUCGGCACGCAACCAUUUAAUUGAAGUUAACAAGCUACUGGAGAAGAAGGAUCCAUUCUAUUGUCUGGUGCAUUUUUUGAACCAAUAUGCUGAGAACGGAACAACACCGGAAAUAUCGAAGAAAACAUCGCCCGUAGCGUUGCUCAGUUCAACAAAAAUUUCGGACCCAGUCACUCGAGACAAAGUUUCAGAGAUUAAGGAACGUGUUGUACAAGCUGCAAGCGGAGGUCUAAGCAAGUCUAUACAAAGUGGCACGGCGGGGGGCAACAACUCAACUUUACUUUUCCCAGCAUUGAACAAAAGCCGUUCAAACUCUUCGUGGGAUUUCCAAAAAAUUGAUCUCGUCCCAUUCCAACACUCCAAUGUUUCAGCAUUACCUAUUCCUACUCAAGAAGCUGUUUUACUCCAUGACCUCAUAUACUGCCUGAGUGGAAUGCGUGGAAAUUAUAUAUAUCCCGAAGAAGGCUGUGAAUCUGAUACAGAUGCCAUACGCUUUAAAAUUUCAGAACAGAUUCACAGCUCUCUUCGCGACAUGGCCUAUGAAAUAGUACCUCUUGCCAGACACUACGUUUGUGUACAAAAAUUCGUCCAAAGAGCAAGUUUCACUAAUUGUGGACAAGUUUUGCAAGCUUUGAGUGCAGCUCUAAGAGCACUUAUCCACGAUUAUUAUUUACUUCUAGCACAAUUAGAAUCUGAAUUGGUGGCUGGAUCGUUGACCCUCCACAAAAUGUUAUUCUACAUCCGACCAACUUUGAAUACCAUGGACGUAUUGGCGAGUGCUGUUAACGACAUAUGUUCUUCUGAUUUAAGAGGCGGACAAGCUCUAACUCUACUUUAUGAUCGUAUAAAUGCACUGACCGGAGAUGAAGAAUCUCAGAAAUUUCUCAUACAACUAACUCAACUGGCGGCUGUGCCGUAUAUGGAAAUAUUACAAAUGUGGAUUCAAAAAGGAGUAAUCGAUGAUCCACAAGAAGAAUUUCUUGUAGAAGAUAACGAGGUGAUUCGACGUGAGGAAUUGCCGGAGCAUUAUUCCGCAGACUACUGGGAAAAGAGAUACACAAUACGUAGAGAGCGCAUACCUCGUUUCUUGGAAAAGGUAUCCGAUAUCAUUCUGCGUACCGGUAAAUAUCUGAACGUGAUCCGACAAUGUGGAAAGAAGGUCAAACCGCCACAGACAAUAGUCUUGCACUUCAGUCCGAAAAAUCAGAACCACAUAGCAGCGAUCCAAAGCGCUUAUCUGUUUGCUUCAAAAAACCUACUGGAAGUAUUACUGAAAGAAAACGAUCUAAUGGGACAUUUGAUGUCGGUUAAAAGAUAUUUGCUCCUAUAUCAAGGUGAUUUCAUUACUCAGUUUAUGGAUGCGUGCGAAGAAGAGUUGGACAAAAACGUAGAUCAAGUUCUGCCAGUGAAAUUAGAGAAUUUACUAGGUUUAACACUACGACUGUCUUCGGCCAAGCAUGAUCCAUACAAAGAUGAUUUACAUUGUGAACUACUAACCUUUGACUUAGCCACGCAAAUGUCCAAAAUAAUAAAUAAUGAAGAAGAAUAUUGGCAAAAUAAUGAUCGUAUCGAUCUGUAUGGUUUGGAAUGCUUUGCAUUUCGUUACGAAGUCAAAUGGCCUGUUUCAUUGGUCCUCAAUCACAUCGCCAUAUCAAAGUAUCAAAUGCUGUUUAGACAGUUGUUCUAUUGCAAGCAUGUCGACCGUCAACUGUGCAAGAUCUGGAAGGAGAACAACGCUGCGAAAAAGUUCACACCCCAAGCAGCUGAGUUAUACCGUUCGGCCUUUGCUCUCCGGCAAAGAAUGAUGAAUGCUAUACAAAAUCUGGAAUACUACAUGAUGAUCGAAGUCAUUGAACCCAAUUGGCACAAUUUCAUAGAAAACAUGAAUAAGGUUGAAAACGUUGACGAUGUUCUAGUCGUUCAUCAGGAUUUCUUGGACUUAUGUUUGAAAAAUUGCAUGAUUACCGAUCCGACGUUGUUGAGAUCGAUUGUGAAAUUGUGCAAUAUUUGCUUGAACUUCUGCGAAUUCAUUCAGAAAGCUCAGCGUCACUUUUUAGACGCAGAAUUAUCAUCAAUGCUAUGUGAAAGUGAUGGAGACUUUUCUGAGUCAGAAUUUGAUGUAUCGAGUCACAGACAGACCGAAUCAUCGCUCGCUCCCACAGAUACUUUUUCAGAACGCGUGAAACGAUUUGAUCUAGAAUUCACCGGUUUGCUGAUAGGUUUCUUGAGGCAAAUUAGCGACGUCGCAUCCGAUAAUCCCUCUGACCGAUUUAUCAACUUGGUUCACAGAAUCAAUUUCAAUUCAUUCUAUAACGAACAAUUGGAUAAACUUUGUGCCAAGGACGCAAUGGCUCCACAUCAUUAACACGAUAAUAUAAGAAUGUUGAUUUAACUUUCUCAAAAUUGAUUAGCCCGAACAGAUUAUGUAAAUAAAGUGUUUCAUAACUGUAAUUUAUUCUUGUUAAUUUAACUGAACAAUAUCAACAUGUAUCCU